CUAUCACAUCGAUAACCCUUGUAUGCUUAAUCUGACGCUCGAAACGACACCAGCAGUAAAUACAUGACCAAGUUCAAUCCUAGCGCAUCUCAGCAUUACACCCUCAUUACUCCCUUGACGCCCCUUGUGGAACUGGCAGAGUUUUUGCGCUCCCUGAGGCGUUCCUGCUCAUCGCCCACUUUAACUUCCUUGUUCUUUGUACAGUGCUGAGUAUAGCUGUUGCCUGCCUAGACGGUGGCAUAGUGAGAGACUUGGUUAGUCCAAAUGGAAAGGGGCUGUUGGCCGGCCUCGCUGUGGUUUGCACUCGCUACCAAGCAUAUACGUAAAUUCCAUGGAACGGCAUCCUCCCUGACUUUCUUUCAUCCUCGUUCGUACUCUCUUCAGAUCUGUCACCUUCAAUCUAUGCUCUCCCUCAGGUUCAAAACCUGUUUGACUCGAUACAUCCACAACCUUUACCUCUCCUCCGUUCCCUAUCUCCGCUACUGCUGCAUUCUCCUCCAUGGCAUCGACCAAUACAUCACAGCAGACGUCGACGCUUGGGCGGAGAGCAUUGCUGGUACCUAGUAUGUCCUUCCUCCCCUACCUGAACAGAACUAACUCUUUCCAGCGGCAAUCUCAUAAAACACUCCCUCGAUUUCUGUAAGCCUUGCUUACGCAUCAAACAGCUGAUUGGACACCGCGCGUUGUUUACUCUUAUUUGCUUUGAGCCCCAGACGUAUAUCGGGUAUCGUUUCUUACUCUCGUUCAAUCACAUACGCUCAUACACGUUUACACUCGUCUGAUCUCGACCUUAGUGUUUCUACCCUCGGGUAGUUUCCAAUUUCCUUCUCUUCACCUCCGGGUCCCAACUCGCUUCAGAGUCACCGUACUGCUUUUCAUGAAUUAU